GGUGCCAACACCCACCACAUCCUGGACCAGGCAACCUCCGCGCCACUCGCCACUGCCCAGUCGUCCCCCACGGCCUGAGCGACCACCAGACCAGAGCAGAGGUCUCCACCAUCCACCAUGGCCGUCUCCAUCGCCGGCAGCAGCAUCCGCCUCCACGUUGCCCCGCCCACUCGCCGCCGCGGGAGCGUGGCCACAGCCGCGGGAGCCGCGCGGCUCGACCGGCGCUCUGCGGCCCUGCUCCUGCUGUCCGCGGCGGUUCCCGCGGCAUCGGCAGCGAAAGCUCCACCAGCGAGCGCCGCGGGCAUCGGGCUCUUCGGCAUCCGCAAGAAGCUGGAGCGUGCGGAGGAGGCGGCGGCCGAGGCGGUGCGGGAGGUGGAGGAGGCCGUCGAGGAGGCGGCGGCUGAGGCUGCGGCGGUGGGCGGGGAGGCCGUGAAGGAGGCGGUGGCGGAGGCGGAGAAGGAGGCGGGCGAGGUCGCCGGCGAGGGCCUGCAGCUGGUGGCCGGAGCGGAGAUCGCCGGGGACGGGCUGGUGCAGGCCGCGGUGGUCGCCGGCGCCGAGGCGCUCGGGGUCGUCGUGGGCCUGUCCGUGGUCAAUGGCAUCUUGAAGCCCGAAGCUUAGAGGAAAGAGGAUGUGUGUGGUGGGCCUUGUAGCUUUGGCCCAACAAGCGUUUGGGCUUUAGUGCUUCGUUGUCGGUGCUGCUGUAAUUUGUUGAUGACCUUCUCAAAGAAAAAUGCUGAUGACCUUUUUGGUGUAAAUUAGUAGCAAUUAGAGUGUGGAUUUGUGCAAAUAAAAAAAGUUUGUGGAUCCUUUGUUUGAUGAAUACUGGAUAAUAUUUUAGUAUGUAA